GUGAGAAUAGGAAGGAGGACAAGCAGAGAAGAAGAAGAAAGAGGAAGAGAUGGGAAGUAGACUGGGAAGAAGAGUAGUUCACUUUGCUAACCUCCCCAUUAAACUUCUCAUGCCCUCUUCCUUCUCCAACAUCUCCGAAAUUGCCCUCAAAACCAUCCCCUCGGCUUCAAAGAUUGAAAUCAAGAGGGUAUUGGAAUCACUGUAUGGUUUCGAAGUGGAAAAAGUCCGAACCUUAAACAUGGACGGCAAGAAGAAGAAGAGAGGCGGACUAUUGAUUGCGAAACCGGACUACAAGAAGGCCUACGUCACUCUCAAGAACCCUCUUUCAAUUUCGCCUGACCUAUACCCUAUCCGAUUAAUCGAGGAAGACAAACAGAACAUGAAAAAGCAAGCAAAAUCGAGCAUUGUUGAAGACGGAGAAGCUAAGAAGUCACAUUGGCUCCAGGAUAAGGAUGGUGGAAAGUUUAAGGCUGAGACCACUUCCACUGGUGGAUAUCGUGGUGGCGCUAGGUUUCCGUGGACCAGCAUGCGAUCUUCGUCUUCUAGCACACUAUGGUGGUAUUGAGAGCACUAUGCUGGCUGGUUCUGGUCUGAUCAUAAAACUCUUAUCUCUGUCUCUCAUGCAUGCUUAUUCAAGAUUCAUAUUUGUAAGCCGUAUGCAUGGUGAGAAUAAAUGUUGGAGAGGUGAGUCUGUGGUUGAAAGGGGAGUACUGCUGAGGCGGUUGAUGGAUGACUUCUUCAAUUUCUUCUAAGUUUGCUGUCCCAAACCAAAUACUGGAUUGAAAGGGAAUUCGGGUUAUAUCUACGAGAAAAGAGAGAAUUUUGGAUAUGACAAGUCCAAUACAGACUACAUAACUUGGCUAGUGGAUGGUUUUAUGGCUUUCAAGAAUGUAAGGCUGUUUCAAACACUUACAGCUUGUGUAAAUGUGUUUGUAUGUGCUCAUUUAGUCUUCUCUAUGUGAUGCCUAAUGCAUUUUCAAUGGAUAUCAGAAUACAAUGGGAGGUUCCGUUUUUCCUCUUAGUGGGAGUUCAAGGUAUCAAUUUGUUUUGUUCUAGUG